AGUGAAAAGAAGCAACGAUAAUUUCGCGGUGGCCGUUAAAAGAAAUCGAAGAUAAUAGAGAAAAUGGCAGCGGCGGUAACGACGACCGGAGCCUUGAAGAUCGGCAUUCCGGCUCCCGCCAAAUCUGAAAAGAAGCCGACGAAUUUCGCAAGACUCACAGUUCGCUAUCCAAAUUGCUUUCUCAAUACGCGGCUGAAAUUUCCCGCCAUUCGAGCACUUGGACAAGGAGGGAAUCCGAGCGGCAACGACGACACCGACGCCGGCGGUUUCAUUAAUCAGGAGGAUGUGCAAUUUUUGUUGAAACUGGCGGCAGGGUCCAUAGCAGGGGGAUGUGGAAUAAAAUAUGGAAGCAUAAUCUUUCCAGAGAUGACCAAACCCAACAUUGUACAAGCUCUUAUCAUGAUAUCAGCUCCUGUGGUUGUAGCCAUAUGGCUUUUGAUCAACCAAAGUCGUGAAGAGAGACAAAGCUAACAAAUCUACUACUUUCAUUUUUACAAGAUGAAUUCCUUUUAAACAUCCAAAAGCCUUUUUUUUUUUUCCUAUUUUAAAAGAAAAAGAGUUGUAAAAAGAAAAUUAGUCCUGUCAAAAGGACUAGAAAUUGAGAACAGAUGAAGCACUUCUUUAUAUUUUUGCUAUCAUGCUUGCUUGAUCAUUUUCAUUGUAGAAAUUAAUCCUAAAAAUAGAAACCACUAUUCAUAUUUCUCGGAUUGUCAA